CGACGACUCUGUGUUCGAAUACAACACGGCCAGUUAUGGUGGUGCGGUGCUCCUGGACUCCUUUGCGCUCUUGGUAGCUACCAACGUCAUCUUUUCCGACAUAACAGAGCGACACGUGGCGGUGCCAUGGUCAACGAGGAGAGCGAUAUUCAUUACACGCGUUGCUCGUUCUUAGAGAACCGCGCGCAGGAUGGUGGAGUGGUCCACGUGGCAGAUGAGGAUGGGACCGAGGCCACGUUCGAGAAAUCUCAGCUCGUCGGGAACAAAGUGACCCGUCGCGGGGAAGUGGGAGGUGGUGUGAACGUUGGGAAUAUCUACUCAAAGGUUGUGUUUUGUAGUACCAAAGUCCACCGGAACACCAUUAGCACAGGUGCAGAGCACCAUGUCGUCGUGGAGAUCUUGCCGGAAGACGACGGCAGCGUCGACUUCUGCCCGUCGAGGCCCACGGGUGGGAUCACGGUGCGGCCUGGGAGCGAAUCAAGGGUCAGGGACGAGUGCGCGAGCUGCUAGUUGGAUGCUUGCUGUUGCUGACUUACUAUUUAUUAUAUUAGUAGUGUUCCGUUAUUUUUCGGUUUUCCUAUUUAUUAGU